AUGACGAUUACAAAGACUGCUGCUGAGGAUGACAAUCCAGGACCAUUGUCUGAAGAGGAUGAAAUGAAUAACAGGCCUCCUUCUCGUAAUGUUUAUAUUGAAAAACUUGGUGAAGGAAUGACCGAAGAAAAACUAUAUAAAGACUUUAAAAAAUGUGGCAAAAUAGAAUCAAUCAUUCUUGACAGAGAAAAAUCAUGCGGAUUUGUCAACUUUAUGUCUAUUGGUUCUGGAAUCAGAGCAGUGAAACGCAUUAAAAGAAAAAGUGGUUACAAAAACUGUUAUAUUAAUUAUGGAAAAGAUCGUUGUGAUGAUGGAGAACAAAAAAAAAUAUGCAUGGAGUGA